GACUCAUGUACAACUUCAAUAAUCCCACCAGGAUCUCUGCUUCUCCCUUCAUCUACAGUUCUGCCUCGCCAUGGAUCUGUGGAAAAGGGCCAAAGUUUUCGCCGAGGAGGCGGCGAAGCGGGCGGAGGAGGCAGCGAAGCGCUCUCAGGAGCUGACCAAAGGAGCGGCCAAAUUCUCUCAGGAGUUCGUCUCCGAGACAGCAAAGAAGUCCAGAGAGCUCGCCGCCGAGGCCACCAAGGCCGCCGACCAAAUCAAGAUUGAAGCACUGCGUCGUGCCGACCAGAUCAAGACUCUCGCCGGUGAGAUCCCUAUUCCCGUUAACGCCCUUACAGCCACCGCCUCUGGAUCCUUUGUCUCUGCGGAGGCUUCACCCGAUCUCGAGAGGUUUGGCAUUACCGAUGAGCUCAAGGAAUUCGUUAAAGGACUCACCAUCAAUACGUUUAGAGAUUUUCCCAUGGAAGACGAAAUGGAUAUCGAUGAAAGCACCACACCAUCCAAUGUACGGAAGGAUCUUAAUGAAUGGCAAGCCAAGCAUGCAACUCUCAUUCUCUCCACUGCAAAGGAAAUAUCAAAGUUCAGAUACGAGCUAUGCCCACGCUACAUGAAAGAGAGAAAGUUUUGGCGCAUAUAUUUUAUUCUUGUGAGCAAUCAUGUUGCCCCAUACGAAAAGCGAUAUAUGGAGGAGUUAAGUGUGAAAGCCUCUGAACAAUCGCAACAGAGCAACCAGGCUAAAGAUGGCUCAAAUACCACUCCGGCUCUCAAGGAAGAGCUGAAAGAAUCAAAGUUGCAAAGCAAGCCUUCAACUUCCUCCACUGCAGAGCAGGACUUGGAUGUAUUCCUUUUGGGAGACCUUGGAAGUAGUGACGAAGGACCUGAUGAUCGUGAUGAUGCUUUGGAUGAUGACUUUGAUAAGCUUGGUGGCACCUCGGGUUUGGAGAGCGAGGAUGACGAUGAAACCAAAUCGAAGCAACCCAACUAAACAGCUAAAUGGUCAACUCCCAUGGAUCGAAUAGGAACCGUGCUUCCAUGAUUUUAAGCCGGCAGAGCUUGCCCAAUUUUAGCUGCUGCUGUCAUGAAGUUUUUGGGCUGUCAGUCUAGAUGCCUUUCACUUAUUAUUAAUCCUAUGGUAAAUCUGUGAUCAUCUCUCCUCGCGUAUUUUAAAUCUCUGUGAUUAGGCUAAUUCUGCUCUGUUAAAAAAACGGUAAGCUGUAUGUGUUUUUAUUUCUAUAAUAUAUUCUGGGAAUAAAUUCAAUACCAUUCUUUUCAGGCAAAAAAUAUGCAUUUCAU